CUUUGUCUGCGGAAGACGAAAUCCCGUGGAGCGCUCGCGAAAGGUGUCCUCGGGCACGCGUUUGAGUGAGUGAUUGAUAGGUGGCUGGAAUAUCAAAAUAAAAAUGAUGCGAAGACCUCGCGUGACGGUGUGCAAAAAGCAAUACUCGGACGACGAGGAUGAGUCACUGUUGAACACAAGUACAGAAUACGAAGACAAAAAGGAGGAGGAGGAGGAGUGGGUACCGGAGAGCAAAGUGACGAAACCCAGAAAGAAACCUGCCAAACCGAAAGAGCCCAAACCCCCAAAGCCACCUAAACCCCCAAAAGCACCCAAAAAAACAGCUGCUGAAAAACCCAAUGCAGGAAGAAAAACAAAAGCGUCAGCUCUGGAAAAAGAUGCAGGUGUGGUCGGGGUGCCUGUGAAAGAAGAGAGACUGUCACUUAUUGUCAGUGAAAGAAACCAUAAUGAAACUGAGCAGUACAAGGGUGCUCAGGUGAAAGAAGCAGCAAGCACAAAAUGUCCACAAAAUGAAAAUCAGGGAACACAUGCAGAACUGAAGCAUGAUUUGGCAUAUCUCCCUGAAGGACCUUCGUCUAGUAGUCAGCUGCCUGGUGUUAAGAGGGAAGAACCUGAAGAUGAUUUCACCUUCAACGAGCCAGCUUUAAAAAAGAUGAAAACUGCUGGGUGCCCUGAUGGCAAACCAGUAAAACAUUAUAAAAAGGACAACGGCAGUCUUGGAGAUGUGCAGAUGAACUGGGAUUUCAUUGAGGUGUUGUCUGAAAGAACGGUUGUAGAUCCAUGGGUUUGUGCAAACAUAGUGAACCUGUUCAAAGAGGAGAACACAAUCCCAUUCAUUGUGCGCUACAGGAAGGAGCUCAUCAAUCACAUGGAUGCUGAUGCAGUGCGAGACGUGCAGCUCACUGUGGAGGAGCUACGAAAUGUAGCAAAGAAGGUCCAUGCAGUGAUACAGACUCUGAAGAAGGAGGGGACUUUAACGAUCAGUCUGGAGAAGGCUCUCCUGAAUUGCAAAUCAGUGGAUGAGUUGGAACAUGUGUACGGUCCUUAUAAGAAAGGCAGCAAGCUGUCGAAGGCCAGGAGAGCGAGACAGCUGGGCCUGGAGCCCCCGGCCCUGGCUCUGGUGGAGUCUCCUCAAACUCUUAAUCUACACUCCUACAUACAGCCCCAGAGUGAAGGCCUGUCAACGCUGGCUGAAGUUGAGGCUGGAGUUCAGCAAAUCUUGGCAGACAUGAUCGCCAAGGACAAAGAAACAUUGGUCUUUGUAAAAAGAUUAUGUGAACAGAACUAUGUAACCAUACAUUCCACAGUAUCAAAGACUGCAUUGAAGGAACAGAAGGAUGAGAAAGGGGCCAAGCCAAAAGAUAUUGAUAAAUUUCAACUUUAUGCUGAUUUUACUGCCAGCAUCAAAAACAUCCAUCAUCACCAGAUUCUGGCCAUUAACCGAGGGGAGAAUCUGAAGAUCUUGACAGUGAAGAUUAACAUUCCUGACAGGGUGAAGAAUGAGUUUAUCAGGUGGUGUCUGAACGUAAGAUGGAGACCAAAGGGAUACGCAAGGGAUGAACUCUUUAAACUAUUAAAAGAUGCUGUGGAAGAUUCAUAUAAAAGGCUUAUUCAACCAUUGCUAUGUAGAGGUUUUAGGUCGAGUUUGACAACGAGUGCAGAGAAGGAGUCCAUCGCAAUGUUUGCAAGAAACCUGCGUCAGCUGCUACUUACUGGACCAGUUAGGGGGCGAGUCAUAAUGGGGGUGGACCCUGGAUACAGACACGGCUGCAAGCUGGCAGUACUGUCGCCCACAAGCCAGAUUCUACAUACAGAUGUGGUCUAUUUGCAUGGAGGGAAUGGAUUUCGUGAGGCUGAAAAGAUUAGGCAUCUGCUGAGAAAAUACAAUUGUUCCACUCUUGUCAUCGGGAAUGGGACCGCCUGCCGGGAAACGGAAGCUUAUUUUGCUGACCUCAUCGCAAAGAAGUAUUUUGAGCCACUGGAUGUGACGUACUGCAUCACCAGUGAAGCUGGAGCCUCUAUAUACAGUGUCAGUCCAGAAGCUGUGAAGGAAAUGCCAGACCUUGACCCUAAUUUAAGAAGCGCAGUUUCCAUUGGACGUCGAGUACAAGACCCAUUAGCUGAGCUGGUGAAAAUUGACCCAAAACACAUUGGAAUAGGAACCUACCAGCAUGACGUGUCGCAACCCUUGCUGAAAGCAGCUCUGGCCAGUGUGGUUGAAGAAUGUGUCAGCUUUGUUGGAGUGGAUAUUAACAUCUGCUCUGAAACCCUGAUGAGGCAUGUUGCAGGGCUCAAUGCUGGUAGAGCAAAGAACAUCAUGGAGUGGCGUGAGAAGAAUGGACCAUUUAUAAACCGCGGACAGCUGAAAGAAGUCAAAGGUGUGGGUCCAACAACCUUUCAGCAGUGCGCUGGUUUCAUACGAAUUAACCCAGAAAACAUUUGCAGCAGUGAGCAGAGUGCCGGCGAGGCGGGAGGUCAGACAUCCGCAGCGGGUGUCCCGAGCACAGCAGGUGCGGGGGGGGCAGCUGGGAAACCACCCAGCAAGAAGAGCAAGAGCAGAACAACAAGCAGCGCUGCCCAGCAGCUAAACCCACUGGAUCAGACCUGCAUCCACCCCGAGUCAUACGAUAUUGCCAUGAGGUUUCUUGUGCUCACUGGUGGAAGUCUGCAUGACAUAGGCAAGCCAGGAAUGCAGUCCAAGGUGAAUGCAUUAAUCCAGAAAGAAGGGAUGGAAGAAGUUGCUCAAAAACUAAACACAGCACUUCCAACCCUGCAGAUCAUCAUCGAUGGCCUGACUCAGCCACAAGGCUUUGACAUUCGACAAGGUUUUGACACACCUGACUUCAAGCGAGGCAUUGUUUCAAUAAACGAUCUGAAACAGGGCACUGUGCUCACAGGAAGAGUGGAAAAUGCUGCCCUUUUUGGAGCUUUUGUGGACAUAGGAGUGGGCCGAUCAGGCCUGAUCCAUAAGAAAUACAUCACAGAGGCCAAGCUGCCCCGUGACGAGAGGCGGAGAAGCUUGGCACUCGGCCCUGGGGAGAAGGUGGAGGUCAGGGUGCUCAACGUGGACGUGGCCAGAGACCGAAUCAGCUUGGAUCUCAUACGGGUUUUGAGAUAGAGUUCUGACUGAAGAGCCUGAGCAGUGCAUCUUGGAUCGCUUCAAACUAAACUGCUACUGAAGAAAAGGUCGGAAUUAAAAGGUGGUGAUGAUAGUGCAAAAUCAAGGCAGUUACCAUGAGCACCGUGCGGGCGGGCGGGAUCAGCGCAUAAAGGUCCCCCUGAAGAAAAGUGUGGACUGGGUUGUUAACGUAACCUCUGUGCCAGACUGCCACAUCUCAUGAAAAUAAUGUCCUUUUUCUUUUAAUUGGCUCUUGAAUUGUUUUUUCAUUGUGGACGAUUUUUUUUUUUUUAAACCAGUUCCUCUGAAUUAUUGAUUGUACUUCCGAUUGUCAUAUUUCACUCAGAAAUACAGUCUGGCUUUGGGGAGUUCUGCUACAUCCUGAUCAACUGCUGCAAUUGAAUAAGUCAAGGGCUAUCAUUUGUUUAGUGUUUAGGCUUUUCUUUUAAUGUUUAAUUCACCUUUUAUGUUUUGCCUCCGAUCAUUACUUUCUAAGUUGGAAUUAGAUGUGUGUUGAAGUGCUGUUGUAAAGAAAUGUUUUCAAAUUUGUUUUCACUGUUGCACUCUUGUUCUCUGAGUGAAUGGCCUUGCAAGGAUAACCCUAUCAGCCUGGCAGUGUCUAAAUAACAAUGCUUUCAACGAUUGCCUCCUGCAGCGGACAAUUUCAGUUGUUACGACGAUUCAUUUGGUUUUGGGUUGGAUUUGAUAAAUCAGAAAUGUGAAACCUAUCCCUGUUACUGUAUAUUGCCCUAGCCAGAAACAGCAGUGGUUUGCAAAUGCCAAGAUAAUUGAUAUUCUGGUCUGUUUUUAUUGACCUAAACGUUUUGUUUAAAAAAAAAAAAGGAAAUAGGUUUAACCUUUUAUAUUUCCAUUGGUGUAUUACAUAUUCAAUACUUUGCCACACUCUGGAGCAUUGGGUUUACAGUCCAGCCUCAGAAGCAAACACAGUGCAUUGCUGCACGUGCUGCCAAGGUGAUCUUGUAUUAGGUGUUGAUGUAAGGGGGUCUGAUAACAUUAAUAUGGCAGUUUUUCACCAUACAAAAAUACUUUGGUAUUUAAAAUGUGUGAACUUAAGAAGUGGUAUCAACGUCUUUGAUAGUUGUGUGUGAACCACGGAUGUUCUGCUAAACAUGUUUUACAACACAAAUGCAUGUAGUACAGCAGUGGUAUUGUGUAAUUACAUACAUAUGUUAUACUGUAGCUGUGUUGGAUAAAGUUUGGUAAUAAGUAUGUCAUGCUGUAAAAAUUUUUUAGCAUACAUAUUUUCACUAAAGUGUAAAUGCAUACAAUCUGCACAAAACAUAUAAAAUACCAUGUAUAGCUUUUAUUUAAUUUUUUCAAAAUAUCUGCAGGAAGUAAUGUAAUCGUUAUCACAUCCUAAAUUGUCUCUGCAAACAAAUUGAAAGUAGUAGUAGUAGAAGUACCUGGAGUGCAGUCAGUAAAUUGGAGCCAGUGGAAGAUGAGUGCAGUGAUUUCCAUAGCUGGUAUAUAUUGCUUUUGUCUAACAAGCUGCCCCAGCUGAAUUCAAAGCGCUGGCUCCCUGAAGGCUCCCCAGCUGCACUGCCUCAUUGACACACUCAGUGGGUAGGUGCAGAUGCCAGACUCCAAUAAACUGUGGGCCAAGGGAAAACACAAAGGCAAUUAUUGAAGGAUAGUAAUGCACUAAUCAGGCAAUUUCAGAAUGAAUCCCAUAUUCCCCUGUUGUAUUAUCUAUUCUGUUUAUAUUUAUUUAGCCAACCGCUGCUAAAAUAAAGAUCCUAGCCUCCAGCCCAUUAACCACUAAUUGAGUGUGUCUGAUAUUUGCAUAAAACUGAUCCUCUGAAAGAAACAUACAUAAAUAAUGAUACAAGACUUCAU